AUGGGCCGCCUCGAGAUCCGUGUCUGCGGCGCCCGCAAUGUGGCGAACAUGCAGAAGGUCGGUAAACCCGACCCGUACGUGAAGGUCAAGCUGAGUAACCAUAACAAGUCCAAGAUAAAGUACAAGACCCACGUAGCUGAGAACUGCCUUAACCCCGUCUGGAAUGCGCUCUUCAAGUUUCAAGUCGCCGACUACGACUCGACGCAGGUGGUGCUCGAGCUGUGGAACGACAACGUCAUUGUGGACGACCUCCUCGGAAGCUACAGCCUCUCCCUCAACGGUCUAACCCGCGGCGUCGUCGUUGAUACCUGGGUGCUUCUCGAGGGAACGAGGGGCUCGCCCUCGGAGCUGCACUUGCGCAUCCUUGCUGUCGACUUUGGCCGCGAUCCAGGACCUGGCGACCGGCUCACGUUAUCGCUCGACGGGGACACCAUGCUGCCGCCCACGGGCCAGACAUACCGCCCGCCGAAGAACUACGUGCCGCAAACGCAGGGGAUUGUACUGCAGUCGUACCCCCAUGCUCCGCUAGGGCCCCCGCCACCGGUGGCCUACAGUGCCUCGGCUGCGCCGAUGCCGCAAGGACAGUACGGCUACGUGGCUCCACCACAACUGCAGGGGUACGCAUACGGUGCUCCUCCCCCACCGCCCCAGCAGCCGCCGUUACAGGGGUACGGCUAUGGCGCGCCACCGCCUCCGCAGCCCAUGUACGGCGCCCCGCAGCCCCAGCAGUGUCUGCCGUACGCUGCCGGUCCUCCACCACCCCACCUCUACGGCACCCCCCCUCCGCAGCGGCGGCCGGUACAGAUGGCCUAUGGUAUCCCGCCCGACAUGUAA